AUGGCGGAUGAACUCCCAUUAUGGUUCCGACCCAUUAGUAGCGACGAUUCAUCGGAUAGUAGCAUUCUUUUUCUCCAAAAUCUCAUCGAAGACGCUGAACUUCAAGACACGGGCACAUCUAACCGAAGGAGAUAUAUUGAACGUCAACGUGAGGUGGGGCAUGAGACACUCAUGGCGGAUUAUUUUGUCGAAGAUCUGAAAUACAAUGAAGAUAUUUUUCGGCAUAGGUUCCGUAUGUCGAAACGUUUGUUUCUAAAAAUUGUGAGCGACGUGGAAGAGAACGACUCGUGGUUUCAAGAGGCCCUCGAUGUGCGAGGUAGGAAGGGCUUUACGUCGUUGCAAAAGGUGACAUCGGCUAUUAAACAGCUCGCAACUGGUAACACUCCAGACGAGAACGACGAGUACUUACAUAUGGCCGAAAGAACUUUCCGCGAGUGCCUAGAAUAUUUUUGCGACACGGUUUGCAAAAUAUAUGCUCCCGAGUUCUUACGUAGACCGACAAGCCACGACAUGGCACUUUUAUACAAAGCUCAUGAGGAAAAACAUCACCUUCCAGACGACGGAAACGCGAUCGCACCGGUGCACAUUCGGGAUCCUCCGGUCGAGCCCGUUAUAGACGAUACGGUGUUGGGCGAGUUGAUGGAUAAAGACACGCAUUGGAGACUAAAACACGAUCUCAUAAAUCAUCUCGCAAGUCAAGAUUUACCCCACCUUUUGGUCGAUUCCGACAAAGACUAG